CGGAGCGGCCGCUCCCCUGCGCCGUGCGGGCUCUGCUGCCGCUAUUUAAAUGCAGCUCCAGUCGCUGGCUGAGCGCGGGCUGUGUCGCUUUAAGGCACAUGUGAUACUCUCCCGAGCGGGGAUGUGUUGAAAUAGGCUCGGGCAGGUCCGGGAGCCGCCGCCUUGUGCCGCCCGUGCGGAGCCGCGGCCGCGCUGCCCUCAGCCGCCGGCUGCUGCUCGGCCUCGCGUGUCCUGCGAGCCGCUCCUCGCCGCCAGACCCCUCCGGAGGGCUCCUCCAGCACAAGGGGAUGCUCGGCAAUGAUCUAAAGGUGAAAAUGAGAAGGUUUCCACCCCUCAAACCUUGGCCACUUUUCUGACGGCAGUCUGAGAGCUCAGAUGUCUUCUUUACUCUGGAAACAGGAUUUGUAACGAAAAAGAGAUUUUUUUGCUUCUUUUUUUUUUCUACUUUUAAUCCUGAUAAAGAAGAUUAUUGGGAAGCUAUAAAAGAAAUCCCUUAUUGUGGUACAGAUGGAUUUAAAAAAGUAUUAGAUCUUUCCGAUGAACGCUACUAGAGUGCUCUGCUCUUGGUUGGAUUACUCAGAGAAUGGCAGUGGUCUCUGCAAUGUCCUGGGUCCUGUAUUUGUGGAUAAGUGCCUGUGCAAUGCUGCUCUGUCAGGGAUCCCUCCAUCACACUUUCCAGCAGCAUCACCUGCACAGACCAGGAGGAACGUGUGAAGUUAUAGCAGCACACAGAUGCUGUAAUAAGAAUCGAAUUGAGGAAAGAUCACAAACAGUAAAAUGCUCCUGUCUACCUGGGAAAGUGGCUGGGACUACAAGAAACAGACCUUCCUGUGUUGAUGCUUCUAUAGUGAUUGGGAAGUGGUGGUGUGAGAUGGAGCCCUGCCUAGAAGGAGAGGAAUGUAAGACGUUGCCUGAUAAUUCUGGAUGGAUGUGUGCAACUGGCAAUAAAAUCAAGACCACCAGAAUCCACCCAAGGACUUAACAGAGCGCCCACGUCUGCACGGAGACAGUGAAAGCCCUGCUGAUUUAUGAGGACAAAGUAUUGAAAGUUUAAAACCAUCUCAGCAUUUCCAAGCCAAAUGGAUUUCUUAUUUGCACUUUGACUGUUUACCAGACAACAACAGUGGCUUUACUGUGUGAAAGAAAGGAUUCGGUGGAAUAAUGGCCCUGAUUUUUGACAGCUGAAAAUAAAAAAUGAAGAAAGUGGUUCCUUUGCUAAAGUUUCUGAGAUUGCAAAGUACAAGCAACAGUAUAAGUUUGGAUCUACAAUUUACUUUAUACCAGUUAAAGUAUAUAUAUAUAUAUAUAGAAAUAUAUAUAUAUUAAUAUAUGAUAUUUUGAAAUAAAAGCCUCACUCUUCAAGAAAUUGAAUAGUACCACACUUUGCUGCAGCUGCUGUAUUUUUUUUUUCCUUUUUUGCAAUGGUCUGGAAGUUCCCUACCUGUUUGA